AUGGAAACUGCUAAUCGAUGGUUGAGCGAGGAACAGAGUAGCCUGGCGGAGGCCUCUUUGGGCAAAAUCAUAUCCACAGGAUUGUUACUAGGCAUUGUUCAUGUUUUGACAGGUCCGGAUCAUUUGAGUGCAUUGGCUGCCAUGACAACAGGAUCAUCGUGGCGAGCAUUUGCUUUAGGCAUUCGAUGGGGUUGUGGUCAUUCGAUUGGUCUCAUUUUUAUGGCACUUGUUUUCUUCGCCGCUGGACAGACAGUGGAUUUGAAAGCUGUGGGUGGAUAUCUUAAUUACAUUGUGGGAUUUUUCAUGAUCGCGUUGGGUUUGUGGACGGGAGUUCAUGUCCGAAAAAAAUACCAGAUACAACAAAAACAAAAGGCCCAUUCACUAGUGAAUGAAGGAGAAGUUCGUGUUGAUAGCAGUCAUGCUAGUCAACAUAGCACGUGCAACACACCAACCAAUUUGGUACCACUGUCACAGAAGAUAGUAUCGAGUCCUACGUCUCCCAAACAUGCUUUACAGCAGACGAUGAUGUCUCCGACAAACGAAUAUGUUGCGGGUCGCGAGACGUCAGCUACACCAUCUUUGUCGUUUCAUUUGAUGAUUAGAGAGGACGAUGAAUCGUCUCAAGCUGCGGCCAAGCCCAAGUUAUGCCUCACUUGCUGCCAAAAUAUCAACUUUGAGAACCCGGUCACACAAAAGAUCACAGCUCUCCUUGUAGGAAUUAUACACGGUUUUGCUGGACCUGGUGGAAUCCUUGGUGUGCUACCCGCCGUUGUGCUGAAUGACUGGGUCAGAUCUGUAGCGUAUCUCGCUUCUUUCUGCGUAACUUCGAUCUUUAUCAUGGGCGUCUUUGCGGCUUUUUACGGUGAAAUCACCGGUCGUCUAGGUAGUAACUCGUCGGUGAUGGAGUUCCGGAUCGGCAUUUUAUCUGCGUUUUUCUCGUUGAUCGUCGGUGUUGCGUGGAUCGGGCUACAAGCAACAGGUCAACUAUCUGCUGUAUUUGGAGAAUAG